AGGAGCUAAACUUCCAUUUCUUGGUUUUGCUCUUGAAGCUUAUUAAAUGUUAAAGUUGCAUCUUACUGAUUUUUGCCCGAAACUCCAAGAAGAAUACUUUGAACAAAUUGAUGAUAGAUGUUGGUUUCCAAAGGAAAGUACCGCACAAGAGGUAUGAUCCAUUCUCCAACGCUAACAUCUCCGCGGAGGACAUGGUUCGGGUUCUUGCUACCAACGUGACCACCAUGCAAUAAAAUAUUGUGCAAAUCCAAAAUGAGAUCAAGUCUAGCAUUUUAAACUUGGAAACUCAAGUGAGUCAAAUAGUCGGAGCCGUGAACAUGCUUGAAGCAAAGAAUUCGGGAAAACUUCCCUCUCAAAUAGAACAUGAUCCUAAACAGCAAACUAUUGCAAUCACACUAACGAAUGGGAUGGAAUUAUAAAAGGAGACUCAAUAUCCAGAAAAAGAAGAAGAAGAAUAAGAAGAAAAAGACAUGGAGCUCCAACUGGUCAAAGAAGAGGAUAAUUAAGCCGAAUUUCAAGAAGAUGAAUGCCGAGUACGGACGCAGGAGACGCUCGUCUCCACAAAGUGGCGGGAAAGCAAGAUUCUGGCGGGAAGCGCGUUUAUUGAGGAGAUUUGGUGGUUGGGGCUUAGUCACCCACAGUCCGCCACAUCAGCAUGCUCAACCACCAUUGGGCAGUAUAAAUAGAAGCAUUUAUUUCAUUGUAAAUGGUUGAUAACUUAGCACUCUAGUAUUAUAGCAUUGUAACAGCUCGUAUCAUCACAUUAGACGAACGGCCUCACGCCUAAAACUGUUGUAUUUUGACUUCCUUGACUUAAUAGAAUUUAGCCCACUCCAUGCGGGCCUUCUUUGCCCAUCUCUGCUUGUUGUUGUCUUACUUUUCACACUUCUUCCUCUCGAAAUCCUUGGGUUGCGUGGUGGAACUACGGAUUGAAGGAAUAAACUUCAACACUUAUACAUAUUGUUGGGUUAUCUAUUCUCCAAAGACUUUAGGCAAUUGGAGUUACCUCCCUCCUAAUUCAGGGGACAUACGUCCCCAAAAACAGUGAUGGUAGCAAGUCGGCGUAAACUGCCAACACUUGUAGCUUUAUCAAGUGAAGGAUG